AUGGAGAAAGUUUUCGCCAAGAUAGCACAAGAUACCACCAAGUUCGAUCUUGGAGAUGAAGAAGGCUGGAGAAAGCUGUAUGAACCUCUAUAUCCCAAAGCACCGGACAAUGUCGGAAUAGUGAAGGACGAGCAAUACGGACCGGCCGAGCGUAACCGAUUGGAUGUAUAUUUUCCUGCCGAGGAAAAGCCGGGAGGACAUCCUGUUGUACUCUUCGUUCACGGAGGGGGUUUUUUCUCUGGAGACAAAGGAUGGAGUGAAAAGUGCUGGGCGAAUGUGGGAUUCUACUUUGCGCAGCGUGGAUUCGUCACGGUUCUCGCAAACCAUCGACUCGUCCCGCACGUUGUCUACCCUGGAGGGGCCGAUGAUAUGCAGCUUGCUCGGGAAUGGAUCUUUGAAAAUAUUGCAAAGCAAAAGUACGGCAGAGGAUCACCGGAGAAGGUCAUCCUUUUGGGUCACUCGUCCGGUGGGGCACAUAUCGCCAUGAACCUCUACGCCGCAGGGGAUCCAAAGCGAGUAUCGAAAGUCCCACUAUUCCCCCCUGUUGCGGGUGUUAUCUACCUAAGUGUACCAUUCUGGUUUGAUCGGAGAAAGCCUGUGCGACAGAGGGUCAUCCGCCACUAUUAUGGAUCGGAUGCUGAGGAGGUCUGGGGUCCUUUUUCUGCCCUAGGGCUCUUCAGAAAUCUACCAGACGACUCUCCAUUGUUAAAAGAAACAGCUGAUGCCACUGUGGCUUUUUUCAAUGCCUAUCGUGAACGGAGUAAACCUCCAGGAACGCUACCAGUGUUCCAUGUACAGGACAGACAUAAUCAUGUCAGCAACGUCCUAUCCAUUGGAACUGAAGAUUCUGCACAGGCGGAAAGACUAUUGGACUUCAUGCAAACUUGUGUGGCAAAGGUCAACCAAAGAAUUCAGCGUACGCUUUCUGUGGAUAGCUAUCCUAACAAUAAGGGUGAAGUUUGUUAA